CUUAAAUGGCCGUUUCUAAAUAAACAGAUAGCACCACCGUAUGCAAGUUCGACUGUACCGACUGUACUGUACAUGCUAUUUUUAUGUUUUAAUUUUUAACAAAGUGGGCACCGAAAACGCCAAGACGUAAAGUGAAAAUUUUCAUGUCAUUUGUGUUCAACUACCUUACCGUCAAGACAUAAUCAAAAUGAGCUCAAGCAAAGCAGAAUUCUUCGACUUUUCCGACUCAGAAUUUGAUAAGUAUUUCAAAGAUGAUCCCGCUCCUGACUCCGAUGCAAGUGCCAUGUCCAGUUCCGAAGCCGUCCCCACUGCAAGCGUAUCAUCAAUUUUCAAACACGCUAACAUUUCCAAAGGUAACACUUCUUCUAACGUUUGUUACGCUGACCAAUAUACCGAACCGACCUCAAAUAUCAUUAUUCUUGAUGCCCCGAAACAAACAGGUACCGAUGUUCAUGCUGAUUCAAGCAUCGAUUCUACUACUGGUUCCGGUCUGCUUGUUUCUGUUUCCGCUAAUAACGUCGACAUGGCCUUCACAGCUAAUGUCGGAAUCAAUGUUGCCGACAGUGCUGAAGCGAAUCCUGCCAGACCCGAUUCUUCAACAACUGCAAGUAACCGUGUCGAUUCCGAUGGCAAUCCUGACGCCGCGCAGCGUUCCGUUACCGAGUCUCGUGCUACAGCCCCGGAUGGUCGUCCCAGUCAACCAGCCGUCACACCAGAUGCUAACGUUGGCUCAGAUUCAAGUUCAGGAUCGGAUUCUGACACUAAGGACGAGGACCCUCUCGCAGAAAUAGUAUUUUCUCAAAGAAAUCGAUCUAUGCUGAGCUUCCAAGGAUUUUUGUACAAUUUCGAACGAAAGCAUAAUGAUCGACAUUACUGGGGAUGUGCCAACCGGAAGCAUUCGUGUAAGCAAAGUGAGAGCUGCAAAGCGCGUGCUGUUUCGGUAAUCAAAGAUGGUCAUCAUAAUGUUCUAUCACAUGGCAAGCAUACGCAUCAACCGAACCCGAUAGACCGUAUAGAGAAAUGCUACAGAUCGGAGCUGAAACGCCGUGCCACGGAUACCAGUGACAUCCCAUCGAAAAUAAUUCGUGACGUGAAAAGCGAAACCACUCCACUGGUCCAACCUCGUGCUUCAAAGAACGCUCAGAAAAUGCUUGUUCGCAGAAGACGGGUAAUGAACACCGGCGUACAAAAAGUGAGGGAGGUAGACGGAGAAUUCGUUAUUCCGGAGGAGCUUAAAAUCACCAUUGAUGGCCAGCUUUUUUAUCAGAAAGAUGUGAAACAGGGAAAUGCAGCGUCUCGGAAAAGCUGAAUAUUGGUUGGUAGAUGGAACCUUUUCAACUUCUCCUUUGCAGUUCACGCAGUUAUAUUCCAUUCAUGCUCCCGUUGGCCAGGGCAAUAGUCGGCGAGUAGUUCCUCUGGUGUUUUUUUCUGUUGAACAAGAAAACUAAAAAAAUCUACAAUCUUGCUUUUGAGACACUGUUGGACAUGUGUCGAGAGAACAGCAUCCUUUUGAAACCCAAAUACGUACUUUCCGAUUUUGAAAAGGCUGUAGUGAACACGAUUCGUGACGUUCUGCCGGAAACAGAGUGUUUUGGUUGCUUCUUUCAUUUUACCCAAAACCUCAUACGGCAACUGUCAUCCCUUGGUCACAAGGUGGCAUACUCAAACCAAACGGAUGUCUACAUCCGUUAAAAAAAUACAGGCACUGCAGUAAAAAAAAUACAGGCACUGUCGUUUUUGCCGGCCGAUAGAAUCGAAGCAGCUUAUAUCGAGCUGAAGACAACGCUACCGACUAUCCUACAGAACUUCUUCGAAUAUUUUGAGCAGACUUACGUAACAGGAAUUAACAAUAACGGAAGACCCCUGUUCCAUCCAAGAUUCUGGUCGAAUAACAAGGCAGUGGUUAGCAAGAUCCCGAAGUCGACUAACCACCUGGAAGCGUGGCAUCGUCGUUGGACGGCAUUGGUCGGGGCUAGCCAUUUGUCGAUGACCACACUCAUCCGCGAGCUGAGGGAAGAGCAGCACGAAACAGAGGGAAAAAUCUUGUGCGUUCUGCAAGGGGAGUCCGAACUACCAAUGACCGAUUUGGAUGCAAAAAUUAUGCAGAAGUGCAUAUCAGCAAACAAAGUUUCUGAUUCCGACUUCAUUCAAGGAA